AUGUCCUCCACCAAUUCUCUCUGGUGGCCUCCUGACCGCGUCCAGGCCGCCCUGACUCCCGAAUACAUUGUCGGCCAGUUACCUCCCAGCUGCUUGCCCCGUCUGGUCACCCCGCUACCCUGGGGCGAGGGUCUGACCAGCGAGUCUUAUCUCGACUGGAUUGUCACCAAGGCUGGACGAUUGUUUCUUAUACUUGCGGACAUUGGUAUCGCGGAGCGGAUAUUUGCUCUCGUUGAUGCUUCCGUGGACGAUGUCGACUUGCCAUUUGCCGCGCAUAGCAUUGACCUGCUUCAUCUCUCUCCGGAUGGUGAUGAUCCGGCCCUAGAUGCAAAGUUCUUCCAUGCCCAAUGGCGCUUCACGGUGCGGGGAAUUGAGGAAGGUGAAUAUGUCAAGUUCACGGCCAACGAAGGCGUACCAAUUGAGGUGCAGCGGACAGACAGCGCAUUAGCUAAGGAGGGCGUCGAAAAGGUCGUUCUAGCUGGUGCUGUGUGUCGAGUCUACCUCCGUACGCAAGUCACCAUUGGGGCUGCACCGCAUUUUUUCGAAGAGGACGAAGUGUUGGAGGAAAUACGUUCACUGAGACGACUGGCCCAUGACCAUGUUUUUUCCACCUAUGCAUCAUACUAUAGCGCGAUCGACAAAACCGUCUGUAUUCUCUUCAACGGACACUAUGAACGCACGCUCCUAUCCUUCCUCGCAGAUCCGCCGCCUACCUUCAAGCGUCUAGAAAAAGCCCGUCGUCGACAUAUUCUCGUCAAUUGGCCACAUUGCCUAGCCAAUGGUCUGGCAUGGCUACAUGCACAUGGCCAUCCCCACCGCGGUAUCCGUCCAUCCAACAUCCUCAUUGACGCUGAAUUCCGAAUCUUUCUCGGCCAAUUCGAAGAACUGGACACCCUCCUCCCACCACUGAAAGUCGACGACGUCGAGGCAUACCAGUACGGCGCACCAGAACGCUGGCAACGCUCCGCUGCAGUCCAGGACACCCAGCCCCAUCAGACCCUCCUCCUCCCUUCCGGCGGCCGCACAGCACGCAGGCCGUCGAUGAAAUCCGCAAAAUUAAACCUUCCCAAAAUACGGGUUCCAUCUAAUCUUGACAACACAACCACCAGAUCCGACUCGGUAGGAUCCCAAGACACCGCUAUCCGAAUUAAUUCCCCACGAGCCCGAUUCUCGUUCGCCCUCUCAACAACCUCAUCUGCCUCAUCCGCCUCCAGUGACGGCAGUAACAACAACGUCAACUCCCGCAAACGAAUCCUCCCAUCCAUCAGGCAAAGACCAAUCUUCUAUACCCCCUCCAUCGCCUCUUCAUCAUCUUCCUCUGGCGCCUCCGCCCGUCCACUCUCCACAAUCACCACCAACACAACCAUAGACCAAUCCCUGAAUAAUACCAACAACAACAGCCAAACGAUAGUCCAAACCUGGCACGCGGCCACAGCAACCGCCACAGCAUCAGAUAUCUUCUCUCUCGCCGCUAUAACCCUUGACAUCCUAACUGUCCUCUGCAAACGCAAACUCUCCUCCUUCACACACCACCGCGGCUCGAAAAAUCGUACCGCGGGGCGUGGUGGUGGUGUUGCAGAUUCAUCCUUUCAUCUCGAUCGUAACGCAAAUCAAGUAUUCUCAUGGGUAUCCUUGCUAGAAAAGGAUGCGGAGAAGAAGCGCAAGUCCGAUUUCGCGGUUUUCGGAGUCGGGGUACUGGGGAUGUUGAAAGUGUCUCGAGGCAUGCUAAGCAGAGGGCCGGAUGUAAGACCGUCAGCAAAGGAAGUUGAGGGAAUGUUUGGGGAGUUGAUAAAGAGGGCGGGGAUUGAAAUGUCCAAAUGCGAGAAGGUUGAUGCUUAUGUUGCUCCUAGAUCAUUUUCUGCUGAUACAAGCGGACAUGAUAGUCCGUCUCCAUCGGAUUCGAUUAUGGAGUUUGAUACUACUGAUUAUCCAGAUUAUCAGGAUGAGUAUAUUCACAGUAGUGACUCUGAAUGA